AUGGCAGCUCUGGCAGUUUUCCGUCACGUCUGCAGCGGUCCUCUGCUCUGGGGCUGGGGUCCCGUUCUGUGUGGCCUGCUGGGGUCUGUGUUUGUUCUGCUGCUGCCUUUAGCAGGAAUAGAGGAGCAAUGCUGCGCCUCACUGAAGGGUGUUGCUCUUCUGCGCUGUCGGCUGUGGGGGGGUGUGCAGCGGCCCGUGGUGCACACCACGAGUCUGACGGUCCCUUUCACUGCACUAGACCUCCUGCCACAGAGAGUCAAGCCCAGUAAAGAGACUCAGCUGGAGGCAAAGGCGGCUCUCCAGCAGGCUCUGGAGAUGAAGACCAAUGGCAAGAGGGAGAAAGCUCAUAAGCUGCUCAUCCACGCGCUCAACAUGAACCCAGAGUUUGUGGAGGCGCUCACUGAAUUAGGAACCAUACUGGAGGAGGAAAAAGACGUGGUCCAAGCAGACCAUCUGUACACCAAGGCCCUCACCAUCUCGCCCUGCAACGAGAAGGCUCUGGUGAGCAGGGAUCGCACACUCCCGUUAGUAGAGGAAAUAGAUCAGCGCCACUUUGGAAUCAUUGAUGGAAAGGUGCGACGUCUCAUGUCCAUAUCCAAAGGCAACUCUGCUCUGCGCCGAGUCAUGGAGGAGACAUACUACCAUCAUAUCUACCACACCGUCGCUAUUGAAGGCAACACGCUCACUCUGUCCGAGAUCCGUCACAUUAUUGAGACCAGAUAUGCCGUUCCAGGAAAGAGUCUUCAAGAACAGAACGAGGCAAUUGGCGUCGACGUGGCCAUGAAGUACAUCAACACCACACUUCUGUCCCGUGCCGGAGCGAUCACUGUAAAUGACAUCCUAGACAUACACCAACGGGUCCUAGGCUUCGCCGAUCCUGUCGAAGCCGGACGAUUUCGUGUCAGCCAGGUGUUCGUGGGCCAUCACAUCCCACCGCAUCCGCAGGACCUGGACAAGCACAUGCAGGAGCUGGUGCAGUGGUUGAACUCGGAGGAAGCGCUGCAUCUGCACCCGGUAGAGUUCGCAGCUCUCGCGCACUAUAAACUGGUUUACGUUCAUCCGUUCGUGGACGGGAACGGACGGACUUCUCGCCUGCUCAUGAAUUUAAUCCUAAUGCAAGCUAGUUAUCCGCCGAUCACCAUUCGGAAAGAGCAGAGGGCGGAGUAUUACACCGUCCUGGAUACUGCCAACGAGGGCGACGUCAGGCCCUUUAUUCGCUUUAUCGCGAAAUGCACUGAAAUAACACUUGAUACACUAUUGAUAGCCACAAGUGAGCAUGCAGUGGGGCUGCCCGGGACUAGUCAUCAUGCCUGUCCUGACUGUAAACACACCAUAUCUGUGCAUAGCUGAUAGAUGUACACUGGCAAGUGGAAAAAGAUUGCAUGUGGAGUAAAUUGAGGUGCCAUAUAAGCCUCUGUACCGACCUUGUACUGCUAGCAGGGGACCUAAUUAAUAAACUGUUGAUCCAUUUGAAGUUUGUGCAUUUACUGUGUAGCUUUAUUCGUUACAAAUCCUUUGUUCAAUGUUCGAAAUGUUCACAUGGUUUUACAUUUAAAAUGAAAGAAAAGCUCUCUUAUUCACUGAAUGAACAGUAUUAGGUCAGAUCUUCAGCAGCUACAUCCUUCUGCAUUUGAGUUCAUGAUAAUGUUGCAGAAAUGAACUGCUGUCUGUUGGGAACUACUGUAUAUUCAUACUCCUAUUUGUGUGGACUUCUUUAAGUCUCAAAAUGCAAGCUUGAGUUAAUGUCUUUUGAAGUUUGACAGGUCUGUUAAAUGUGAAAGGUUGCAGUUCUUUAGUGAUGCUUUUCAGAUGCUUUACUAGCUGAAGUGCAUUUUGUGAACAGCUUGUUACAUUUCUCUCAAGCUGGCAGGGUACAGAAAAAAAAGUUAAAUGAAUGUCUUUUCAAGCCAAUUUGAGUAAUAGUAAAAAUAGUAACUUUUUUUUUUUUUUAGUUUUGAGGUUAAAAAAAUAUAUUUCAAGAAAAUAAAAUUAUACAUAUUUUUUACAUCAAGUCUGUUUUCAUCUGAAAAUGCUUGUUCCGUGAUUCUGAUCUAUGAUGCAAGGAAUAUAAUUGCCCACAGAUGUUUAAAAUGUUAAGGAAGAUGUAUUAUUGUAACAGGAAUAUCGUUGUGAAGUUGUAUUAAUAAUGUUGGCAACUUUUUUUGA